AUGGCAAAAUUCUCUUGCAUUUUUAUCUUAAUCUCCGUAAUCAUUUUCGCUCUUCAACCUGCAAACGUUAGCGCUGGUCCUAUUUCUUAUGCAAUUUGUCAAAGUGCAUGUAAUGUGGGCUGGGUUUCUUGUUACGCAUCUGCUGGAUUAGUCGCAGGUACCGUUACUGGAGGUCUUGGUGCCCCCUUGGCCGCAAUCGCUUGUAAUGUUGCCCAAGGUGUUUGUAUGGCAGCAUGUGUUGGUUUGUUAACUGCUCCGACUCCCUAA